AUGCUGCAAGUCCCGCAUCGAGAACACAACACCAUGGCCUCGACAAAGGCUGUGAUCUUGGUUGGCGGUCCUUCGCGAGGAACCCGAUUCAGGCCUUUGUCCUUGGAUGUCCCCAAGCCCCUGUUCGAAGUCGCCGGCCAUCCGAUCAUCUACCACUGCCUCAAGGCCCUGGCCAAGGUCUCCGAUCUCCGCGAAGUGAUUUUGGUCGGAUACUACGACGAAACGGUCUUCCGCGACUUCAUCAAGGACUCGUCCAAGGAGUUCCCACAAUUCCGCAUCCAGUACCUGCGGGAAUACACUGCUCUGGGCACUGCGGGGGGUCUGUACCAUUUCCGCGAUGCCAUUCUCAAAGGCAAGCCCGAGCGCUUCUUCGUCCUGAACGCGGACGUCUGCUGCUCGUUCCCGCUCGGGGAAAUGCUGAAGCUGUUUGAGGAGAAGGACGCCGAGGCUGUUAUUCUUGGAACACGUGUGAGCAACGAGGCGGCCACCAACUUUGGCUGCAUCGUGUCCGACUCGCACACGAAGCGGGUGCUGCACUACGUCGAGAAGCCCGAGUCGCACAUCUCCAACCUGAUCAACUGCGGCGUCUACCUCUUCGCGACCGAGUGCAUCUUCCCUUCGAUCCGUAGCGCCAUCAAGCGGCGCACCGCCCGCCCGCGCAUCCUGUCGUACCCCUCGUCCGACAACCUGGACUCGUCGUUUGUUGCAGCCGACGACGACGACGCAGAGAAAACCGAGACCCUCCGCCUGGAACAGGACAUCCUGUCCGAUCUGGCGGACAGCAACCGCUUUUUCGUCCACGAGACCAAGGACUUCUGGCGCCAGAUCAAGACGGCCGGGUCUGCCGUGCCCGCCAACGCGCUGUACCUGCAAAAGGCCUUCCAGGCGCAGUCCGAGGAGCUGACCCCGCCUUCCGCUACGAUUGUACCCCCCGUGUUCAUCCACCCGUCAGCAACGGUCGACCCGACCGCCAAGCUCGGCCCCAACGUGUCGAUUGGCCCGCGCGCGGUGGUGGGCGCCGGCGCCCGCAUCAAGGACGCGAUCGUGCUCGAGGACGCGGAGAUCAAGCACGACGCGUGCGUGUUGCAUUCGAUCAUCGGCUGGAGCAGCCGUGUCGGUGCCUGGGCCCGCGUCGAGGGCACCCCGAUCCCCGUGGCUAGCCACUCGACUUCUAUUGUCAAGCAAGGAGUCAAGGUCCAGAGCAUCACCAUCCUGGGUAAGGAGUGUGGCGUCGGUGAUGAGGUGCGUGUACAGAACUGCGUCUGUCUACCCUACAAAGAGCUCAAACGGGACGUCGCCAACGAGGUCAUCAUGUAA